UUCCAAUGCACAGCUGAAAAUUGUACCAAGUCGUUUGGUAGGCGGAGUGAUCUGGCUCGUCACACACGGAUCCACACGGGGGAGAGGCCUUACCCUUGUGAAUACGCAGGGUGCGGGAAACGGUUUAUUCAGCGUUCGGCCUUGACAGUGCAUAUGAGAACGCAUUCGGGAGAAAAACCGCACUCAUGCAUACACCCGGAAUGUGGAAAAUCGUUUGCUGACUCCUCAUCCUUGGCUCGACAUCGUAGGACUCACAACAAUCACAAGCUAUUCAUUUGUAAUGUUGGAAACUGUGAUAAACGCUUU